ACGAAAUAAAAGGUCAACCUUCACUAUUGAAGUCAAUACAUCUCAAUCCGUCUCUCCAAAGCCAAAACUUCCUUCUACAUCCACCACCUCCAAUGUUAACAGAUCCCGCAGCCACCGACCGCCGGCCACCGACCCACCUCCUCGUCUUCCCCUUUCCAGCACAAGGACAUCUCCUCCCUCUCCUCCACCUCUCCGCUCAUCUCGCCACCCGCUUCUCCUUCUCCAUCACCGUCGUCAUCACCCUCAAGAACCUCUCUCUGCUUCAGCCCUUCCUCUCCUCCACCUCCCAAAUCCACCCUCUCGUCCUCCCCCUACCUCCCUCCUCCUCCCUCCCCUCCGGCGCCGAACACAUCCGUACCCUCCCUUCCGGCAUCCCUUCCGCCGCCCUAAUCCGCUCCCUCUCCUCCCUCCGCCCCUCCAUCCUCCUCUGGGCCAAAUCCCAACCCAACCCCCCUUCCGCCCUCAUCUCCGACUUCUUCCUCGGCUGGUCUGUCCACCUCGCCGCUGAUCUCCAUAUACCCCACUUUUCAUUCUUCUCCUCCGGCGCACUACUCGCCGCCAUCCUCCACCCCCUCUUCCUUUCCCUCCCACCCCCCUCUUACACUCCCUUCUCCAUCUCUCCUUCCCUCCCUCCACUCCCUUUCCCCCACCUCCCCUCCAUAUUCCGCCGCUACAUCCCCGGCGAUCCCGAUUGGGAUUUAACCCGCGAAUCCCUCCUCUCAAACUCUUUAUCCUCCGCCGCUAUUUUCAACACGUUCGACUUCCUCGAAUCCCCUUACCUCUCCCACCUCCGCUCCUCCUCCUACUCCUCCGGCCGCCUCUUCUCCGUCGGCCCAAUUCCCCCCGCCGUUCCUGAAUCUGAUAACAACAACCUCCUCCCCUAUCUCGACUCCUGCCCUCCUCACUCCGUCGUCUACAUCUGCUUCGGAAGCCAGUUUGCGCUGGAGCUGGCGGUGAUAGCAACAAUCGCAGCCGGGCUCGAAUCCAGCGGUGCGAGGUUCGUUUGGGCGGUGGGGAAUGCGGCGCCGCCGGAGGAUUUUGAAGGAAAGGGGAAGGUGGUGAAGGGAUGGGUGCCGCAGAGAGCGGUGCUCGGACACGCGGCGGUCGCGGCGUUCAUCACACACUGCGGGUGGAACUCGUUGCUGGAAGGCAUGGCGGCGGGAGUGUUGUUGUUAGCGUGGCCGAUGGAGGCGGAUCAGUUCGUGAACGCGAGGUUAUUGGUAGAGGAAACGGGUGUGGCGGUUAGGGUUUGCGAAUUGCGCAGGGGGGCCGGGGAAAGUGCCGGAGGUGGCGGAGCUCGGGAGGAUUAUUGA